AGAAACCAUAGGGAAAGAAAAAAUGGAUCUACGAAAGGUAGAGGAAAUAGUGAAAGAUUCAAAAGGUGGGAUCAUAGAGAAGAAAGAUGCAAUCAUGUCAACCCUCCUCAAUAAUAAUUCUAAUUCUAAUAAUGAUUCUCCUGAAGCAUCAUCAUCAUCUGGCCGUGAAGGUGGUGGUGUUAAUAUUCAUGGUGAUCCAACAACAACGUCACCAGCUGCAACUACUAUAAUAGAUUCAGCUAGUGCUCUUCAACUGUUUCUUGAUCAUAUCCCCAUUUCAUCUAUUCCUGGAAUCCAUAAUUCCCCUUCCACCGUUGCCGUUGUGAGAACACAGGACAGUGUCAAAAGUGGGAUAAGGAGGCUGUAUGAGAAUAAUGCGAGUGGAGCUCUGAUUGUGGACAAUACAGAACCGGAUCCGACCAAGAUGCUCACCACAUCAUUCUCUCAUCCAUAUGUUGGAUUCAUAAGCUUUUCCAAUAUGGUUCUGUGGUCUCUCCAGGAAUACAAAAAACAUCAAAGCGGAAUUAAGAAGGAUCAUGCUUUGAAGAAGAUUAAGCCAGAUGGAUUCUUUUCUAUGCUUGAUAGAAUUCCAGUUUCUUCCGAGGCUAAGAUAGGCGAACUAGCAGCAUCGUUUUUAUGGAAUCCUGUUUUUCCUGUAAAACCUGACCAGACGAUCUUCCAUGUUCUUUUGUUGCUAUCUAAGCAUCGACUAAGCGUGGUCCCUGUCACUGAACAUUCCAGUUCAAAGGUUGUAGGCUAUGUUACUGAGGAUUCAAUCAAUCAUAUACUUCUACAGUCAAGCGGACUAGAAUGGUUUGACAGCAUUGCAGAUAAACCGCUAUCAGAUUUCAGGUUUGAGUACAAUAAUCAAAUUGUAUCAGUCUAUAAUGACCAAAGCAUCGCAGAGGCAGUUCAUAUGUUAUGGACAAAUAAAGUUUGUGCCAUUGCAGUCGAGCAACGACAUACACAGAAGCUCAUUGGAUGCCUCAGAUACAGUGAUGUUCAUCGUCUUUUGGAUGAUGAUAGCAUCUUUUCUGUUAAAGAGGAUACGAGUAUAGAACAAUUCAUACAUAGACACACUGAUCUGGACCGCCAUGAUGCUAACCAUGAGCUCGGGGCUCUAAUAUCUGCAGGAACUCUUGCACUGCACAACAAGUUCGAACCGAGAAUGGACUCACCUGUCACAAACACAGAAACGGACACCCUAAAGCAAGUCAUGACAAAUUUAUCAGAAAAGAAAAGCAAUUUUAGUUUUCUUGUAGAUGGUUGUGGUAAAGUAGAGGGGAUGAUUACAAUAAGGGAUAUUCUUAUGGAGUUUGCACCUCCUAGUAUGGACUCAAGGAUUGAUGGUGGUGGCUUUUUUGACACGGCUUUAAAAGAGUCAGGGUGCAUCAUCAGAGACGGAACCAUGGUUCAUCUAUAAUGAAAUGAUCAGAACCACAACCCGUCAAGUAGAAUUUAGAUUGCAAGUAGUUUUUGAUCUGCCCAUGUAGUGUUGUAUGGCUCGAAGCUUUUCAAGCGGUAUUUAGAUUUCAAUAUAACUCUCCAUGAAAUACAAAUAUCAGGAUAGAUUGGUGGAGGAUGUUGGUUGUAAACGUGCUGGUGUACGUAUAUGAUUAACCGAGGCUGAUACUGAUUAUAGUUGUUUAUUUCUACUGUGCCUUUGAUUUGGAUUUUGUUCAUUUCCAAAUCCAUAGAAUAACCUAUUCCUUCUAACAGUGUAAUGUUAUGAUAACCCGUACUUGGAA